AUGAGCGAGUUUCAUUUUUACUCGUUGGAUCGCAGUAUAUUUGCGGCAAAUUGAACGCAUUUAUUUCACCGAGCAUGCAGCUCGCGUGUCCUCAAGCAGAGCGCGAAUGUCACGAGAGAAAAAUGCUCCAAUGCUGCUCAUAAUGUGCGACACAAUAAGCGCAUUAUAUGCGUUUUCUCUCAAAAUCAACGUGUUACUUUCUCUGUUGUUGCGAGUACGCAAAAAUUGGGAGGAGGAGGUAUAAAUGGCUUGAGAUGCAACAGAACGCUCAUUUGGCACUUGGGGCUGACAUGGUGAGCGUUCCUUCAACACAAAAAAUCUAGUCUACAGUGGAAGAAUGGUGCAGUGGUCCGUGAUAUGGGCCACGACGGCCUUUCUCCUUGCCAAAGGGUGCUCAGCAAAUCAUGGAUAUUUAGCGCACUACGCUAGUGGGGAAGGUGAAGGCUCAAAACCACCCCCGCAGCCGUUUGAGACCAAUACCAUGCCUUCUCAGCUUGCCACCCUGCCAAUUAACCACCCUCUCCACCCUGAGCCUGAAGUUGCAUCAACAGAAGUUAUAAGGACUUACUGGCCGCAGAAAGUCCAGUUCUACGGCCAUCAUCACGUUCGUCCUAUGAACAAGGUGCACAAAUUGAAGCCCUCCAGCAUUCCAUUUUACAGUGCUGAAGAUAUGACGCAAGCUAUUUUCAUGGAAGGGCCUGAACACCCACAUGGCACUUUUUAUAUACCUCUGAGAAAAACCAAGACGAAGAAAAUCAAAGAUCCUCCUUUGGAGCCGACAGCAAAUCCUUCUGUUACCAGCCCUUUUACUCUCAGCCCUGAAACAACAACCACGACCCAUGUUUUGGACAGCACAUUAAUUGAUUUAACAAACGAAAACCAAAGUGUAUACACCUCCUCUGUUCCCGCUUUCAAAGACGCAGCCAGUGUUCCAUCAAAUCAGAAAGUUCCCUUUGAUUAUCUGGUGCCACCAGAGGAAGGCGCCUAUAGUGAGUUCCCGAUUUACAACGUCGACAUAACUAGAAAGCCCUUAAAAAUUAACCCGUAUGGAGGAAAGCCUAAGGGCGCCAAGGGUCCCAACAAAGUUCGAUUUAAGGGGUCCAAAAGAUCGAAUAUUUUCUCCAGUGAAUCUCAGAGAAACCAAGUCUUCAAAGCUCCACCUUUCGGGCCGAUAAUGAGUAAAUUGCCCGUCCCUUACAAACCCAUGCAACCCAGCAACAGUGGUUUCUUCCGUUAUCUUUUCUCCACCCCUGCUGUGAGCCCAACAACUCCUUUCCCAUUGCGCUCUCCCUUCUUUGGCGACAACGAAAUCCAAUCGGCACGGUUUAAACCACAUCAAGUCAGAAAGAAAAAUCAAUUCCCACCACCAAAUGUCGGCACGCCUAGCUUCUUUGAUGCUGACUACAACAUGAUUCGGCCAACCCUCUCAACUGUGAUCGUUCGUGAGAAUGGUUGGGUGCCAAUUGCCAACCCCAACCCACAAAUUCUGCGCCCUUACACCUCUGCACCGUCAAUACUCAACUUCCGCCAGUCAAUGCAACCUUUCACGCAGUUGCAGAGCACACCCAACGUCGGCUACACUUCUCCUCGGCCGGUAUUUCACGUCCAGAGCUCUCCCACGACCCACACUUCUGCUUUACCUACAACAACUUCAUUACCAAGUACCACCCUAAGUACAAACAACCAUCAAACUGCAGCGUCCUCUGAGACAGCGACAUCUUCACAAGAACAGCAAGAACAACAUCAGAAACAGCAGCAACAGCAACAACAACAGCGGCAACAACAAGAGCAGCAGCAGCAACAGCAGAAGCAGCGACAACAGCAGCAGCAGCGGCAACAACAAGAGCAGCAGCAACAGCAGAAGCAGCAACAAGAUCAGCAGCGACUGCAAGAACAGCAGCAGCAGCAGCAACAACAACAACAACAACAGCAGCAGGAGCAGCAGCAAUUUCAAUAUCAGCAACAACCGAAAACGAUAACUAACGUUGAGGUUGUACCUUCCAUCGAGUCCCCUCCUAUUAUAAUAAAGAAUCCUGUCUCGAAUUUCAACGCUGAGUAUUUUUUGCAACAGGCGUUGACUCAGGUGCGGCACCAGCAGCAGGAAAAAUAUACGCACGCGACUCGCAACCAGGCUCCGACCAGACGCGCCUUUGUAGCAGAUGAAGAAGUAAUUUACCAGAACCCCGUGCAUGGCGUUUACAAGGACCCGUACGUGACCAUCCACUACCCCAUCGAGUCAACCUUCUUCCAAAACACCGAAGAAGAAAGGAGCGGAACGACGGAAGAGGCAGGAACGACUCCUUCAUAUUAUGAUUUUCACUUGAACAACAUCCCUACCACUUUACCCUCACAGCCGAAAGAGGUUAAGAAAUUCCACUACAUGUAUUCUUCAGUGAAGCCGAGAGUGGUACAUGAGAAGGACAGAUCAGUGAUUGAGAAAAUUCAGUCCAAAAAACGAAAGGAAUCGCGAGCAGAAAGGAAAAUAAGGGACCCAUACCUCGUGUACGCAGAGCCAACUGCUCCUAUGUUGGACGAACUCUUGGCCACCAGCAUGGUGACUCAGAAGACUCUCAGUGGGGCUAGACUUGGACAGUCUUCUGGCGAAAGGAGAUCUUUGAUAGAGGCACAAACCGAAAAUCAAACUGAAAAGAGCGAGAUGGAGAUAGUCAAGUCGCAAGGAGGUCUUCACCAUGAAGAGGUUGAGCACUACCAUUCUCCAGUUAGAUCGGAUGCCCAAUUUUUGUAGAUUAAGCUUUAACUUAUCUGACUUGAUUAAUGUAAAUAAAGCUUAGGUUUUAUAUAUAA